GAAAAAGUCUCUGGUAUACCAAAUUCCCUCUGUUUUCCUCACAGGCUCUCUUCCGCCUACUGGCCCACCACAUCAGGGGAACGAUGGCCACAGAGUCCACAGCCACCGCCGCGGAGCUGGUUUCCGCCGACAAAAUUGAAGAAGAUGCUCCUGCUCCUUCUACUUCUGCAGAUAAAGUGGAGAGUCUGGAUGUGGAUAGUGAAGCUAAGAAACUAUUGGGCUUAGGACAGAAACAUCUGGUGAUGGGGGAUAUUCCUGCAGCUGUCAAUGCAUUCCAGGAAGCAGCUAGUCUUUUAGGUAAGAAGUAUGGAGAAACAGCUAAUGAGUGUGGAGAAGCCUUCUUUUUCUAUGGGAAGUCACUUCUGGAGUUGGCAAGGAUGGAGAAUGGUGUGUUGGGAAAUGCCUUGGAAGGUGUGCAUGUGGAAGAGGAAGAAGGAGAAAAAACAGAAGAUGAAUCUCUGGUAGAAAAUAAUGAUAACAUAGAUGAGGAAGCAAGGGAAGAGUUGAGAGAACAGGUUUAUGACGCCAUGGGAGAGAAAGAAGAAGCCAAAAAAACAGAAGACAUGUCUCUGGCAAAGCCUGAAAUUGAUAAAGAACAGGAGAGUGAAAUGGAGAAGGGUGGAAGAGAUGAUAUGGAGAUAAGUGAGCCUACAGAGGAGCUACAGGCAAAAGCUGAGUCAACUCCAGAUCAGUUAACCGAAACUUGUGAAGAGGCAGAAGAAGCUGAGGUCACUUCUGGAAAACCAGAGCAGGAAGCACCAGAUGCUGAGGAAGGAAAAUCAGUUUCUGGGACUGACAUCCAAGAUGAGUGCAGAGAAGAAGGUCAGGAGAAGCAGGGAGAGGUAACUAUGAGCAUAGAGAAGCCGGAAGAAGCUUCCGAAGAGCAGCCUGUUGUGACUCUAGAAAAGCAGGACACUGCAGUUGAGGUAGAAGCAGAGCCUGUAGAUCCGACAGUCCAACCAGUGGAUGUGGGUGGGGAUCAGCCUAAGGAUCAGGUAGCUACCUCUGAAAAUGAUCCAGGAAAGGCUGUUCUUGAGCAACUUGUAGGGCAAGAAGUACCUCCUGCUGAAGAGUCACCAGAGGUGAUAACAGAGGCUGCAGAGGCCUCAGCUGCAGAGGCUGGAUCACAAGUCUCUGAGAAGCCUGGGCAGGAGGCCACAGUUCUCCCUAAGGAUGCUACAGUCAAUGGACUGUCAGCUGCAGGAGGUCAUACUCCUAUUGAACCACAGACUUCUGCAGAAAGACUGACAGAAACAAAAGAUGGCUCAGAACUAGAGGAGAAGGUCAGGGCAGAGCUGGUUCCUAGCCAGAAGGAGACUAAGCUGUCCGUAGAAGAGUCUGAGGCAGCUGGAGAUGGGGUUGAGACCAAGGUAGCCCAGGGUGCUACUGAAAAAUCACCUGAAGACAAAGUUAAGAUAGCUGCUAAUGAAGAGACACAAGAGAGAGAAGAACAGAUGAAAGAGGGUGAAGAAACCGAAGGCUCAGAAGAGGAGGAUAAAGAAAAUGACAAGGCCGAAGAAACGCCAAACGAUUCAAUUCUUGAUAACAAGUCUCUUCAAGAAAAUGAAGAGGAGGAGAUUGGGAACCUAGAGCUUGCCUGGGAUAUGCUGGAUUUAGCAAAGAUCAUUUUUAAAAGGCAAGAAACAAAGGAAGCUCAGCUUUAUGCUGCACAGGCACAUCUUAAACUUGGAGAAGUUAGUGUUGAGUCUGAGAACUAUAUCCAAGCUGUGGAGGAGUUCCAGGCUUGCCUAAACCUGCAAGAGCAGUACCUGGAAGCCCACGACCGUCUCCUUGCAGAGACCCACUACCAGCUGGGCUUGGCCUAUGGGUACAACUCUCAGUAUGAUGAGGCAGUGGCACAGUUCAGCAAAUCUAUUGAAGUCAUUGAGAAGAGAAUGGCUGUACUAAAUGAGCGGAUGAAGGAGGCUGAAGGAUCACCUACUGAAUAUGAGAAAGAAAUUGAGGAGUUGAAGGAACUGCUACCUGAAAUUAGAGAGAAGAUAGAAGAUGCAAAGGAGUCCCAGCAUAGUGGGAAUGUAGCCGAAUUGGCUCUGAAAGCUACUCUGGUGGAGAGCUCUACUUCAGGUUUUACUCCUAGUGGAGGAGGCUCUUCAGUCUCCAUGAUUGGCAGUAGAAAGCCAACAGAUGGUGCUUCCUCAUCAAAUUGUGUGACUGAUAUUUCUCACCUUGUCAGAAAGAAGAGGAAACCAGAGGAAGAAAGCCCCCGGAAAGAUGAUGCAAAGAAAGCCAAACAAGAGCCAGAGAUGAAUGGAGGCAGUGGGGAUGCUGUCCCCAGUGGAAAUGAAGUUUCGGAAAACAUGGAGGAGGAGGCUGAGAAUCAAGGUGAAAGCCGAGCCGCAGUGGAGGGAACAGUGGAGGCUGGAGCUACAGUUGAAAGCACUGCAUGUUAAGAGAGGGAGCAGAGCCUUCCUCCCAAGGGAAAGCGUUUUUGUAUAUAAUGUAUUUUUUCACUUUUGGGGGAUUCUUUUUGUAUAACUUCAAUAAAGAUUGUAAGCAAAGGUUGAGGCUUUGAUGGUUUUUUUCUUAAAUACUGGCUGAAGCUGUGCCUUGCUUGCAGCACUCCAGGUUUAAAAUGGUGGCCAAAGGUCUUUUUUUUUUGCCUCUGUACUGAUCCAUGUUGGAGAUUCUAAUCCCAAUUCUUGUCUAACAUGGACAUGAUUACAUCCAAUGGUGCUAUAUUUUUUUCUAUUUUCAAAUACUUGACUGAACCCAGCUGUCUUGCAAACCUUCAGUGUGGUGCUGUCCUGGAUGGGGACUCCAAAAACAAGACUUGGUGAAGACAUUGCUCUUUGGUACCGAAAAUGGACAAUGGACUUUGGCUGUAAGCCAGGCCUUGGGUGGUACCUGUCUUCUAUCCAUCUUGUCUCCAGUUGGAGCCAUAAUCCUGUCAGGAAAAAGAACUUUGAAGAAAACUUGGGAAAGUGAGCCCUGAGGAAAGUAGUUGGUGUGUUUAAUCGUAGACAAUUGAGCUCUUUGGUUUGAAAGUGUCUGAGGGAAUGGUGAUGGACACUUUUGAUAUGGUUGGAAGAAUCUGUGGGGAGGCUGGCUAGUUGAGUUACAUCUGUUAUUUUCUGUAUAGAAAGGCCUACAUCAACACUUGGAAUUGUUACCCUCUCUGCAGUUUUGAGUUCUCAAAUAA